CGUUUCCGCAAAAACGCCGUUCCCCGUAACAAAUCGGCCUCUCUCUCCCUCUCCUCCUCCGGCGGCGCAGGCGUCUUUCUCCCUCUUCUCCUCCGGCGGCGGCAAGGCAUUUUGGCAUCUGAGCCCAACAGCUAGCAGAUGGCAGGCGGCAGAGUUGCACAUGCGACCCUCAAGGGGCCGAGCGUGGUGAAGGAGAUCUUCAUUGGACUCACCCUUGGGCUGGUUGCUGGUGGUAUGUGGAAGAUGCAUCACUGGAACGAGCAGAGGAAGACCCGAUCCUUCUACGACAUGCUCGAGAAGGGGCAGAUCAGCGUCGUUGUUGAGGAGUAGUUCUGACGUGCUGAACCAGAAGUUCUACAUCGCGAAGUCUUUUGCCAUUUCGGUUUUGCCAGUAAUUUGUGAAACUCCGUGGAGAGCAUGACAGAGUGAUUGCUGUGGAGAUUGUCAUGAAAAUAAGCACACCACCAUUUGAGAACAUUGAACCGUUUUGAAUUUAGUUUCUCGUCAUAUCAAAUAUGUCUUUGUCUCAUAUCUGUUGCAAACAAAUUCAGGGAUUGGAUGGCUUCCCUCUGACAUGAACAUGAUUUAUUUAGGUUUCA